CUUGUGCCAACACGUUUUGCGGCAUAACAACAGGCUGGAGUGAAGAUGUCUGGCCACAGGCAUGGUUAUGGCCCGUGUCAGUGUGAGGGGUACCACGACCCUGCCGAGACGGGCAUGGAGUACGGCCUCUUCAAGAAGAUUGAUCAUGAGAGGUUGGAAUGUCUGAACGAGUCCAGUGAGGGUUCUGGUAAACUGGUCUUCAAGCCCUGGGAGGAGAGGCAGGACCGCACUAAGUACGUAGAAAGUGAUGAUGAUGAGGAACUGUUGUUUAAUAUUCCGUUCACAGGCAAUGUAAAGCUCAAAGGUAUAAUUGUCAUGGGAGAAGAUGAUAACACCCAUCCGUCAGAAAUGAGACUUUAUAAGAACAUCCCUCAUAUGUCGUUUGAUGACACAGGCAGAGAACCUGACCAAGUGUUUAAGAUGAACCGAGAUGUCACGGGAGUGCUAGAAUAUACCACAAAGGUGGCUCGUUUCUCGAGUGUUUAUCAUCUUUCCAUUCAUAUUGCCAAGAAUUUUGGUGCUGAGACUUCAAAAAUUUAUUAUAUAGGAUUGCGAGGGGAGUGGUCAGAGAGCCACAGACAUGAAGUGACGCUUUGUACAUAUGAAGCUUCUGCGAAUCCUACGGAUCACAAAAUCGACCUCAUUACUCCUCACACACACUUCAUCGCUUAAAACUUGGCUUCUGCAGCUUCAGCAUGCAGUGAAAAAGGAAAGACCAGGACAAAAGUAAUUCUGGAAUACUGGAGUACACUAAAUGUCUAGUGGAACAGAUUGGUAUAUAGUCUCAAUGUGAUGACAAAUUUUGUAAACCAUCAAAGGUGUGGUGAACAGAAGAUUAAUAAGGAGAUAACAUUUGCUGUUUAAAUAGGAGCUUGCAGCUGCUGCUUUUGAUUUGUAAAUGUUAAAAUAUCUAUUUGCAAGCAAGUAUAAGUAGCUGGCAUCUUGACGUUCUUGGUCAAAAAUAGAUUAUUUUCUAUUAAAAUACAAUAACUAAUUUUGGUUUGUUAACAUGAAUCUUUGUCCUGCCUGUUUUUCCUCUUUUUUUUCCUCCCCUGCAAACCCCUCCAUGCCCCCCCCCCCCCCCAAUAAAAUCCACUUAUUACAUGUGGAUUUUUGGUUCUGGAUGUGACAAUUUGCCUCUCAAGAACAAUUAUUCAAAGCUAUACUUUUUGUAAAUUAUAAAGAUAAAAUUAGUUUUAAGAAUAAUUAUACGCCUUGGAGAAAGUUCAUCAUGAUGUCAAAUCAAAAUUAUCAAGUCUAUGUAUCAGGGGCAACUAUUUUUAACUAUCCAUUAGAUCCUUGAUGCUUUUUGGAUGCCAGAAUGGCUAUAACUGAUGUCAGAGAUGUUGAGUUUAAUAUAAAGAGGGCCUACUAUAACUUUCGAAUCACUAACACACAGCAAACCAGUCUGUCCAAAAAUAUGUUGACAAUGAAUGAAAUAAUUCAGCAAUCUCUGUCUAUUCCAUAUAUCUUGCUAUCAGGUUUUCUUUCCCCUUUGCCUGCUCUUUUCAUAUGCCUUAAUCUAUUAGAUUGGACAGCCUUAUGUCAGUCAAAUAUCCAUGUCCUUUGAGUAUCAAUCAGGUGAAUGAAAGUUUACUGUACAGCUGGUGUUGAUGUAGACAUGAUAGGAAUUUGUUCAUGGUUUUUGCUGAUAACAUGUACUGGGUUAGAACUUUUCCUUUAUACUUUCAGUGUUUGGAAUUUGCAAGACAAUACAACCAUGGUUUUGUGGAAGAACUAAAAUGUUAUUGCUGUUAAUUGGAUGUGUGAUCUAUCACUUUUUGAGCACUGCAAAUUAGGUAAUGUUGGCUACUGACAUUUUUUUUAAUGAAAUGCAUUUGAUUAAAAUAGCUGCACUAGAGUUGUUUCAAACACGCGAGAAAUGACUGAAUGUGCUGCCUAAAAUAUGCAAUGUUGUGAUGAAGCAGAAUGUAAAGCAAGGAAAUAAAAUAAAUCCUCUGCCCGUU